AAAGACCCGGAUGUUGCCCUCGGGAUAACUCUAAUCACUACAAUCACAUUCCAAUCAGCGAAGCUGACUGUCGAUACUGUGAUGUGUCUUUGCAUUGAUAUAUGCCUUGACAACAGUUGUUGCAUGUGUACUUAUAACAAUGCAAGAAUUUGUCUUAUUCUGUAAUUUUCCCUUCGUCUCGAGUGUGACGACGGUCGUAGAAUAGAUGGGGUUAAUUCUAUUUCCGCUGAUCCCAACAACAUGGCGGCGCUGUAGUUAACGACCUGUGCAGCUGAGCCCGGUGUUGUUAAAGUACAAGUAAAGCUGACAGCCUCAAGCCUUAAUCACAGUUGGUUGGUUUUUUUACCCCCACCCAGCAGGAUCAGUAUAUAGAUUUCCGCCCGCUUUUCCGCUUCUGAAAGAUGGCACUGUUUUGUGAAAUCUGUAACGUUGGUGUCUCGUCUGAGAUCAAUAUGAGAGAUCAUAUAAAGGGUCGGCGCCACUUGCAAGCAGUGGCUGCCGUUGAACGACGACGUACUCAGGCACGAUGCAGUCUGUAUUGUCGUGACUUUUCUACUACCACUACAGAGGCUAUGCUUCGCCAAUACUUCUCCCAGUUUGGAGCCAUCAGCCGAGUCAUGCUUGCCACAGAAAAGGGCCGAUACUGUAUCGUGCACUUUGAUAAUGAGUCUGCUGUGCAGAAAGCUCUUGCACAUCCAGACCAUCAGCUCGCUGGCAGCCAACUGACUGUACGACCUCGUCGACCCAUCACCUCGAUUGCGGGACACAGAAUUCUUUCAGAAGUCCGCAGUAACUUGCAGAAGGCCAAGGCCGCUGUAUCAGAGCAAGCAGAGGCUCAGAAAAAGGCAGAGCAUGAGCACUUGAUGCAUAUUUUGCUGCAAGAAUAUUCUCAGGUGGUGGGACAGAUGCAGUUGCUGUUUGAUAGUGUCAGGUUAUCUGAAGAAGAUCUGAAAAAUCGGACCGAACUGUGCCAUUAUCUACAUGCUUGUCUUCUCCCCUUUUUCCCCACCUGCACCAUCCAUCUGUUUGGAUCAUCGAUUAAUGGAUAUGGUAUGAAAGGCUGUGACAUGGAUGUCUUCUUGGAUUUUCAUGAUGAUGAAAUCAGUCUUGAAGAUGAGGAAGACCUAAAGAAAAAGUUAAAGCCAGUGGUGCUGCCUUUUGUUGGGGAUAUCAAGUCGAUACCUACUACUUCUGGGCCCUUACUGCCAUCCCACUUGCGAAACAUGCCCUUGGUGGACCGUGUGCGGCUCUUGUCACGUGUCUUGACAUACCAUGCACAGUGCUGUGCAGAUGUCACCACUAUUCCCAGUACACGGUGUCCAAUUACUCGCUUUUUGCACGUUCAGACUGGCAUUAAGUGUGAUGUGUCCAUCAACAACAGGCUUGCUCUGAAGAAUACGCAGCUUUUGCGCCUCUGCUCCCAAGACUAUCGAGUACAGCUGCUGAUGUGUGCUGUCCGCUACUGGGCCAAAUGGCGGCAAGUUGCUGGUAAUGUUGCUUCAGGGCCACGUCUGUCUAACUACUGCCUGACUCUUUUGGUAAUGUUUUAUCUGGCCAGAACUGAUCCACCGGUUCUUCCCACAGUACACGAGCUGUCAGAAACAGCAGCACCAGAAGAGCGUGCUUCAUUGAGAGCUGGAACUGCUCUAUCCCUUCAUUGUUACCUCCCUCUACUAACACACAGACAGCUGAUCAGCUGCUUCAGGGAUUCUUUGAGUUUUUUUCCCACAUAGACUUCUCUUCAAGUGUGAUCCUGACACGAACAGCCAGCACUAUUCCACUGCAUCAGUUUCUUGCUGAACGUGAUUUAAACCCAAUCAUCAAGGAUUUUAAGGUUAAAGCCAUGGCUGUCCAAGAUCCUUUUGUGUUGAGUCACAACAUUGCACUCAAUGUUAAUGGUCGCACAAAAGAUUUGCUGACUGCUGAGAUACAAAUGGCAUCAUCAAAG